AUAUAUAUCUAAUAUGUACUCGCUCAAAGUUUCUUUUUGCGUGACGUUAAUAUAAGCGGUUCCACGAAUAACUGUAAAAAUUGUUAUUACGACCCGAAUGUUUAUGUCUCAUUAUGCAGUCAGCCGAAUAGUAGUUUUAUGAUUCAAGUAACUGAAAACGAAUAUAUUUUGUUUACGGCAUCGAAUUAUUAAUCAGAUACUCAUCCGUCGAAUUUCUCUCUUAUCCUGAAACGAAAUGUAAUGUUGUCUUCGGCGAGACUUUCAUAAAAUUCAAAGGAUAUAUGUCACCUGAAUAUCCAUUAGUGAUUAGUCAAACAGUUAUCCGAAAAACUUUCUUGGAACGCUAGUGGUAUCAUUUAGAAAUCAGUAUAACGCUCUAACAUUAAUAUAAGAUCGUGGAAAAAAAACGAUUAUUUAUUAUACUCUAUCUUGUGCCGAAGAGUAUCUUUGUAAACGAUAAAAGGAAGAACAACUUCAAAUUAAAUAUAACACAUAUAGGAAUAAAUAUAAGAAUGGAUAAUAUAAUCGUGAACGUACCCAUAGAUAUUCUUCUCAAAAAAGGGAUGAACUACAUUAAGCAGAACAAAAAAUCUAUAAUUAAAAUUCCUAAUUUAACGAAACAAACAUACAACAUAAGACCUGGAAUCACAUGUUGUUUCGAAACAGAUAAUGCAAUUCUUAAAGAUAUUUCGACUCUGAAAAGGACGGAAGAUAUAAUUAUAUCUAACAUAGGACAAACAUAUACUAUACAAGCUAGCUUUGGACUUCCCACGGCUAAGAUUAAGUGUAAUUAUUAUAAGCUUACAGUUAAUGGCUUAACAGUUAGUGGCAAUGUACUCGCAACUGUUGACGGAUUAGCAAUAGCGAUAAAACUGGUUAUUACUAAUAAUGAAACAUGCUGGAUAAAUUUGGAGUACGUUAAAGUAACGGAAUUUGGCAAAAUCAAUCUAGAAACGUCUGAUUUAGCAUCACUUAAUGAUUUAAUAUCCAGCCAUUUGACUCAGUGGAUAGAAAAAGAGUGGCAAGAGAAAAUUCAAAAACAACUUCAAAAUAUCCAUAAAUAUAAAGAAUAUGGAUAUAAUACAGCUUGUACUAUUUAUCCUAACAAUCCGAACACAAUAAAUAUGAACGUACCCGUAGAUAUUCUUCUCAAAAUAGGGAUGAACUACAUUAAGCAGAAUAGAAAAUCUAUAAUUGAAAUUCCUAAUUUAACGGAAAAAACAUACUACUUAGGACUUGGAAUCACAUGUUAUUACGACGCUUAUAACGGAACCUUCGAAGAUAUUUCGACUCUGAAAAGAAUGGAAGAUAUAAUUAUAUCUGACAUAGAUAACGAAGGACAAAUGUAUACCAUAAAAGCUGGCUUUAGACUUCCUACAGCUAAACUUAAGUAUAAUUGCUAUAAGCUUACAGUGCUUGGUUUCAUCAAAAUCAGUGGUGAUGUAAUUGUAACUAUGGAUGGAUUAGCAAUAGCGGUAAAACUAUUCAUAAACAAUGAAUGUACCCAUAAUAUGUACCCAUACACAAUGGUACAGUACGUCCAAGUGACUUGUGCUCGCAAAAUCAACAUAAAAAUAACUGGUUUAGGACCACUUAAUACUUCCAUUUCCAACCUAAUCAUUCAGAAGAUUACAGAGUCGCAAGAGAAAAUUAUUAAAAAGAUUGAAGAUUACGUCAAGGAUUUUAUUACAGAACAAUUAAACAAUUAAAAUGAAUUUAUUUGUAUAAAGUAAUGAUGUUUGAAAUAUUUCCCUAAAUUAUAAUUACACAAAUCUUAUAAAUUAACACAAUAUUUCGUUAAUUCAAAUCUUCAAUCUUUCAAAUGCUUGUCGCAUAAAUCUGAAAAAAUGUAUAUAGUAUACGAAUGUAAAGUAUAAUAUUUUAUGUACAUUCAAUUUUUAUUCAAUAUA